AUGUCGACUACUGUGGUGCUCGGAGCACAGUGGGGAGAUGAAGGAAAAGGAAAAUUGGCCGAUAUCCUAGCCCAUGAGUCGCAAAUCUGCGCCCGCGCCCAGGGUGGUAACAACGCCGGACACACCAUUGUCGCGAACGGCGUCACGUACGACUUCCAUAUCCUCCCGAGCGGUCUCGUGAAUCCCGGCUGCAUCAAUGUCAUCGGAAGUGGCUGCGUUGUUCACGUACCCAGUUUCUUCAAGGAGCUGGAAGCGCUGGAGAAACACGGAUUGAAGACGGACGGAAGAAUAUUCAUCUCGGACCGCGCCCAUGUCGUGUUUGAUGUGCACCAGAUGGUGGAUGGCCUGGAGGAGGUGGAAUUGGGUGGUGGCAUGAUUGGCACGACCAAGAAGGGUAUCGGCCCAACCUACAGCACCAAGAUGACCAGGAGCGGCCUCCGCAUGUGCGACCUCUUCGACGAGCAGAUCUUCGAGACGAAGCUCAGGAGGUUAGCCAACUCGUUCCAGAAGCGAUACGGUGAUCUACUCAAGUACGAUGUGGAAGAGGAGAUUACGAAGUAUAAGACUCUGCGCGAGAAGCUUGCUCCCUACGUCGUCGACCAGAUCCCGCUCCUCGCAUCGGCAAAGGAGAAGAACGCCAAAAUCCUCGUCGAGGGUGCGAACGCGCUGAUGCUGGACAUCGACUACGGCACAUACCCCUUCGUCACAUCGUCAAACACUGGUCUUGGAGGUGUCAUCACAGGUCUCAACUUGGGAUGGCGAUCACUGAAGGAGGUCAUUGGCGUGGUCAAGGCAUACACUACCCGUGUCGGAUCCGGACCCUUCCCUACCGAGCAGCUCAACGAGGUGGGCGAGAAGCUUCAGUCAGUCGGCCAUGAAGUCGGCGUUACAACCGGUCGCAAGCGCCGCUGCGGCUGGCUCGACCUGGUCGUUGUCAAGCACUCACACGCGUGCAACGACUACACCGCCAUCAACCUCACCAAGCUCGACGUCCUGGAUGACUUUGACGAGCUCAAGGUUGCGACAUCCUACUCGUACAAGGGCGAGGUGCUUGAAGGCUUCCCCGCGAAUCCCGAGAUCCUUGCCCAAGUCGAAGUACAAUACGAUACACUGCCAGGUUGGAAGAAGCCGACGACUGGCGUGACAAGCUACUACGACCUGCCCAACCAAGCGAGGAGUUACAUUGAGUACAUUGAGAAGUUCGUCGGAGUCAAGGUCAAAUGGAUUGGUGUCGGCCCUGCGCGAGACCACAUGAUCACCUUAUAA